UUUCCCACCGGAGAAGGUGGGCCUAUCUCCUCCGCCUCCUAAGCGGAGAGGUAGCAAGGAUAGCAUCCGGAAAAAACCAUUGCCGCUGGGUGACAAUGAACGGGAGCGGAAGGAUAUAGCAGACAAAACCGAUACACCUACAACUAUGCACACCAACACUGUGACAACACCAUCUUAUACAACACACAACACCAAUACCACAGGCUCAUAUUAUUCUUCCCCACCUCCCCCUCAUACACCUCCUACCCGAUAG